CGGGCAAAUUAUGAAAAGGAACGAUCUUGAGGUAAUAUACCUAGUUACUAUGUAAUUGACAACAAUAGUUUUCCUUGGCAGGGGAUGUUAAAAUGUCAGAUGAACCGCUGGUUGAUUUCUAAGUCGGUGAUUUAUAAGUCAAUACAUACUAGUACUGAUACCGGAGACAAGAGUAACACCGACUCCAAUCCCCCAAUCACCGCAAUAGCGGUCGCCCCAAAUGAACUCUCCGGUUGGCUUCGCGGGCCUAUCGUCAUACCCCUCAAAUAUGGCGACAUCCUCCGCAGUCAUAAGCCGAUCCGGCUAACCCGGAGCUUACUUCAUGGACUUCCUACAAGAACGGCGCGGGCCUCCAUGGACCGUGGUUUGAGCUUAGAGCAGAGCAGAACACACUAGAGUAGAAAGCAGACUCACUACCAGGUAGUAAUCAUGGCCGAACGACGACAAGAGAAGAAACAACUACACCUGGGCGCUUUCAUGCGCCCGGUGAGUCUACACACUGGCGCCUGGCGAUAUCCUGGUGCAUAUCCAGACGCCAACUUCAACUUCCAGCAUAUCAAGUCGUUCGCGCAGAAACUAGAAGCCGCUAAGUUUGAUGCCUUCUUCAUGGCCGAUCAUCUGGCUGUGCUGAAUAUGCCCAUCGAAGCUCUUCGACGCAGCCAAACAGUGACAUCCUUCGAGCCAUUCACUCUAUUAUCAAGUUUAGCCGUUGUGACUGAACGCAUCGGUCUCGUUGCUACGGCCUCAACAACUUAUGACCAGCCUUAUCAUAUCGCACGGCGCUUUGCCUCUCUCGAUCAUAUCAGCGCCGGACGUGCUGGCUGGAAUAUUGUCACAACCGCCAACCCUGACUCUGCGCGCAAUUUUGGUCAGGAAGAGCAUAAAGAGCACGGAGAAAGGUACGCUCGAGCCCGUGAGUUCUACGACGUGGUAACGGGACUGUGGGAUAGUUUCGCCGACGAUGCCUUCGUGCGCGACGUCGAAACCGGCAUCUUCUUCGAACCAGAGCGUAUGCAUGUACUUGACCAUCAUGGUUCCGAGCUCCAUGUCAGGGGUCCAUUAAACAUUGCUCGGCCUCCUCAGGGGUGGCCGGUGAUCGUGCAAGCCGGCCAGUCGGAACCCGGAAAGCAGUUGGCUGCCGAAACGGCCGAGGUCGUGUUCUGCGCCCCGCGGAAUCUCGAGGCCGGCAAGGAGCUCUUCAAGGACAUAAAGGGCCGGCUUGCUGCCGUAGGUCGCGAACCCGAUGACAUCAAGUUGCUUCCCGCCGCAUUCAUAGUCAUCGGGGACACCAUUGAAGAGGCCCAGGCAAAGCGACUAAAAUUAGAUAGCCUCGUGCAUUACGAGAGCUCAGUCGCCUCGCUCUCCAUCGCGCUUGGCGCUGACGUCUCCCAGUUCGACCCAGACAGCCCAUUGCCGACAGAUCUCCCCGAGUCUAACGCAAGUAAAUCAGGUCGUGAGGGAGUCAUCAAGCUCGCAGCGACGGAGGGUCUAACUGUUCGUCAACUUGCACAAAGAUACGGUGGCUAUUCGGGGCUCGCUUUUGUUGGAACGGUGGAGACAGUCGCUGACGAGAUGGAGCAAUGGCUUGUACAAGAAGGCUCGGAUGGUUUCAACGUCGUCUUCCCCUUCUUGCCUCAAGGCCUUGAUGAUGUUGUCGAACGCUUGAUCCCUGAACUGCAGCGACGAGGUAUAUUCCGUCAAGAUUAUGAGGGAACGACUUUGCGUGAACAUUUAGGCCUCAAACGCCCAACGAACAAAUUCUUCCCAUAAUGGCAGAGGGGAAUCAUACCUAGUAUCCAAUAGCUACUUAGUUAUCAAUAAUAAUCGUAUCAAUCAA